UCACAAAGAACGUUUGAAAAGUGGAAUGCCAUGGGCAGUAAAUUUGCGCGGGUGGCCGGUGGUGGUACCGUUUAUGUAUUGGUUCUCAUCGUCAUGAGGAACCUCAGAGCGAGGUUAGGCUCAAUGGACGGUCACACGGCCUGUUAUAUAGCCAAUAUGUUGAGAUGGCCGGACGGCCUAGAUACUCCGCCUGGUCUUGGGGUAAAAAACAUGAUUGUCCCUGCCAUAGCGCUGCUACAAAAGCACUUCCCGCUUCCAUUGCAAGACUUGUUUACGGUGUCCUCCCUGCUCCCGGACGGGGAGGCGAACAACGUGGUCUGCGGAAAUCUCGAAAUCUCAGACAUAUUUUUUGAUUCGUUUGUGUACAACUCGUUCAAGCUAGUUCCCCGUUGUUCCAGCACCUGGGAUACGUGUUACAGGGCACACACACUCCAGACAGCCCUGGCCAUCGAACCUGAGAUUGCGUCCCCUUCGCCGCGGGCCAUCCGCGAGACGAAUGAUCAUCCAUCUCUACUUUCUUCUCCCUUAUCGCCACUCACGCCUCUGUCAUCUCUCCGAUCGCCAUCACUCCCACUAAUGCUGCGCGGGUCCGUGUCGCCGCACUCUGUUGCUUUGGAUUUACCGCAGAUCAUUGCCACCUCGCUGAAUAACAAGGCAAUCCAAACCUCGUACGACCCGCAACAUCCUGACAACAAACGUUGUCCCGCGCCCCGUGAACGUGACCGAGAGAAUAACAUUGUCUGGACGGAGCAGGAGCGAUCAAGGGCCAGUAAAGCAACGAUGCCGACAAGUAUCCACGAUCUUCUGACAGAGAUUGAAGCAAUGUAUGCCUCAGGCAAGAGAGUCACCGCAGAUUCAUAUGUUCGAGUGCCGGUCCAUCUCAUAGAGGACAACCUUACGAUUCGCGGUCAGGGUAACUCGCUCAUUGCCAGUAUCUGCACCUCCAUGCCCGAAGUGAUGCGAAGCAAUCUGGUCGAACGUCUCAUCACAUGCUUCGAAUCCGACCCGUUCGAGACGGUGGACGCCAAAUCCCGCGAUGUAAGGAGAACCUUUCAGGUCAUCCAUUUUGCUUGGUACAACAGGCAUUGUACUCAGGGCCAUGAUGCACCUCAAGACAUAGCGCCGUCCUUGAUGAGUCGGAAGGGUUGCUCUAGAACGAACCACGAACAAUUUAUCCCGUACACGUCGAAGCCUAUGGAAGAGCAUCGACGUAUCUACGAGGCUGUCAAGACAAUCCUCGGAGAGAUGUUCGAAUGGCUGGCCGACAAGCUUCAAGACAUCUUGCCGAAUGAAUACGAACGUCUAGAAGCUACCGCAUCCAUUUUACCAGACAACAACGCGUCCGCCGUCCAUCCGUUUGUUGCUUUGGCAGUCAACCUCAACGUCGUCACUCGAGCACAU